UGUCUUGUGUAUAACAAUUCCUUCCAACAAUGUCAUUGAGUCAGCCAAUAACACGGACCGAUAGUGCACCCAAUGGAGCAUUUAGGACUUUUGGUCUCUACUGGUGCUACCAUUGUGAUCGUAUGGUCAGAAUUGCAUCCUCUAACCCAUCAGAGAUCGCCUGUCCUCGAUGUUUGAGGCAAUUUGUCGUUGAGAUUGAAACGAGACAACGGCCUCGGUUUACUUUCAACCAUGCUACUCCGCCUUUUGAUGCUUCUCCUGAGGCUCGUCUUCUCGAAGCUCUCUCGCUCAUGUUUGAGCCUGCAACCAUAGGUAGGUUUGGUGCAGACCCAUUUCUUAGGGCAAGAUCCAGAAACAUCUUGGAACCUGAAUCAAGACCCCGACCGCAACAUCGAAGACGACACAGCCUUGACAAUGUUAACAAUGGUGGUUUACCUCUACCAAGAAGAACAUAUGUUAUUCUCCGGCCCAAUAAUCCGACUAGUCCACUCGGAAACAUAAUUGCGCCACCAAAUCAAGCACCACCACGGCAUGUGAACUCACAUGAUUACUUUACUGGAGCAUCAAGCUUAGAGCAGCUGAUUGAACAACUAACACAAGACGAUAGGCCUGGACCACCACCUGCGUCAGAACCCACCAUUAAUUCCCUACCAUCUGUGAAAAUAACACCACAACAUCUAACUAACGACAUGUCCCAAUGCACAGUGUGCAUGGAAGAAUUCAUUGUUGGUGGGGACGCAACGGAAUUACCAUGUAAACAUAUUUACCAUAAAGAUUGUAUAGUCCCGUGGCUUAGGCUUAACAAUUCUUGCCCUAUCUGCCGCCGUGACCUGCCACUUGUCAACACCGUUGCUGAAUCUCGAGAAAGGAGCAAUCCUAUUAGACAAGACAUGCCUGAAAGAAGGCGUCCAAGGUGGAUGCAACUCGGUAACAUUUGGCCAUUUAGAGCAAGAUACCAAAGGGUUAGUCCAGAAGAAACAGCAAACCAGAAUCCUCGAGAUAACAGGAGCUAACUCUGAAUAUUCCAUGGGAAAUAAAAAUCGUGACUAUCUAUAUGUAUAGACUCUAUGAGACAUUGUCUAUUUGAAUGUGCAUGUAUAUCUCAGAAAUAAACUCAAGCGAAACAUAUUUAACGACUAGAGAAAGCCCUACCAAGCCCAUAGCGAUAAGAAGGACUUGCAUGCUAUAACAAAAAUAAUUAGUGGAAAAAGACUGUAACCUUGAGUAAAC